CUGAACGCAUCUAAUAAACAAGUCAUGGCGGACGCUGCUGCACGUCAGUUACAAUACGAGUAUAAAGCGAAUUCCAAUCUUGUUUUACAAGCUGAUGUCCGGUUAAUAGAAAGACGCAGUCGAGAUGAAGCUACCGGUGAGGUUAUGUCUCUCGUGGGAAAAUUGGAUGGUACUCGUAUGGGUGAUAGAGCCCAGCGUACCAAACCUGGAAAAGCAGAGGAGAGAAAAGUCAAACGACAAAAACGCGAUGAAGCACAAUAUGACUUCACUCGUAUGAAAGGAGCAACCUUAUUAUCUGAAGGUGUGGAUGAAAUGGUUGGUAUUGUAUAUCGUCCAAAAACACAAGAAACACGUCAAACUUACGAAGUAUUACUCAGUUUCAUACAAGAAGCUUUGGGUGACCAACCACGUGAUAUUCUUUGCGGUGCAGCUGACGAAGUACUAGCUGUAUUAAAAAAUGAUCGACUUAAAGAGAAAGAAAAGAAAAAAGAAACUGAACUUUUACUUGGUUUAUUAGCAGAAGAAAGAUUUGCACUGCUUGUAAAUCUUGGUAAGAAGAUCACGGAUUUUGGUAGCGAUGAAAAAAGUACAACAAACGAUGAAAAUAUUGACGAAACAUAUGGGAUUAAUGUACAGUUUGAAGAGAGUAGCGAGGAAGAUGAUGAAGAUGUAUAUGGAGAAGUACGAGAAAAUGAAGACGAAGGUGAUGAAGGUGAAGAAGCUAAUGAUGACAGAGCUAUUCAUGCAGAAAACCUGGGUGGAACAGAAGAAAUGAAGAAAGAAAAACCAUUACAUCCAUUAGACAUUGAUGCAUAUUGGUUGCAAAGAAGAUUAAGUAGGAUAUAUGAUGAUGCCAUGGUAUCGCAAGCGAGAGCUGCUGAAGUACUAGCUGUUUUGAAAGAUGCCGCAGACGAUCGUGAAUGCGAAAAUCAGCUUGUGCUUUUAUUAGGUUAUGAUUGUUUUGAUUUCAUUAAACAGCUUAAAAAAUAUAGACAUACAGUUGCAUACUGUACGAUGUUGGCCUCAUCGCAGUCCGAAUCAGAAAGACAAAAAAUCCGAAACAAAAUGAAUGAUGAUCCGGUGCUUGCCAAAAUCUUGCGGCAAUUAGAUACAGGUAAAGGUGAAGACGACGCUGAUGAGACAAUGGAAGCGAGAUCCCAGCGCAAAAGACGGGAAGAAAAUGAGGAUACUGGAGGACCUGGAGGACAGGUUCAAGGUACAAGAAACUUGAUAGAUUUGGAAGAUCUUAUAUUUGCUCAGGGAAGUCAUUUCAUGGCCAACAAGCGUUUCUGUAGGAUCAUGUGGGAUCAAGAUUGUUUUAUAUCGCCCAAUCCGAAAUAUAAAUUAACCAAAUAUGAAGAAGUUCACGUUCCUGCUCUAAAACCGAAACCAUUUGCAGAUAAUGAAAAACUGCAUCCAAUUGAGCAAUUACCUAAAUAUGUGCAACCUGCUUUUGAUGGUUUCAAGACGCUGAAUCGUAUACAAAGUCGUUUAUAUCAGACGGCAUUGGAGAGCGAUGAAAAUCUACUCCUGUGUGCUCCAACAGGAGCUGGUAAAACCAAUGUAGCUUUGCUGUGCAUGAUGCGAGAAAUUGGAAGACACAUAAAUGCUGAUGGUACAAUCAAUGCAGAUGAAUUCAAAGUAAUUUAUGUUGCUCCGAUGCGUUCGCUGGUGCAAGAAAUGGUCGGCAAUUUCCGCAAGCGAUUGUCAACAUAUAAUCUGACUGUUUCCGAAUUAACGGGUGAUCAUCAAUUAACACGAGAACAAAUUGCUGCUACUCAAGUAAUAGUAUGUACCCCGGAAAAGUGGGAUAUUAUAACAAGAAAGGGUGGUGAAAAAACUUUUACAUCAUUAGUACGAUUGAUUAUUAUCGACGAGAUUCACUUAUUGCAUGACGAAAGAGGUCCUGUUUUGGAAGCACUGGUCGCAAGGACGAUACGAAACAUCGAAACUACUCAAGAAGAUGUGCGUCUUGUUGGUUUAUCGGCUACAUUACCCAAUUAUCAAGAUGUUGCAGCAUUUUUGCGCAUUAAACCGGAGACAGGACUAUUCUAUUUUGACAAUAGUUUCCGGCCUGUAGCUUUAGAACAGCAGUAUAUCGGCGUUACGGAGAAGAAAGCAUUGAAGCGUUUCCAAGUAAUGAAUGAGAUCGUCUAUGAAAAGACUAUGGAACACGCUGGCAGGAAUCAAGUACUGAUAUUUGUGCACUCACGUAAAGAAACCGGAAAAACAGCACGUGCUAUUCGAGACAUGUGCCUGGAGAAAGAUACUUUAGGUCAAUUUCUUAGGGAAGGUUCCGCGUCGAUGGAGGUUUUGAGAACAGAAGCAGAGCAAGUAAAAAAUCAAGAACUUAAAGAUCUGCUACCAUAUGGUUUUGCGAUUCAUCACGCCGGUAUGACUCGUGUGGAUCGUACGCUAGUGGAGGAUCUCUUCGCCGAUAGACACAUACAAGUUCUCGUAUCUACAGCGACUUUAGCUUGGGGUGUUAAUUUGCCGGCUCAUACAGUUAUUAUCAAGGGUACUCAGGUGUAUAAUCCGGAGAAAGGUAGAUGGGUAGAGCUGGGCGCUUUAGACGUACUGCAAAUGUUAGGACGAGCCGGUCGACCGCAGUACGAUACUAAAGGCGAGGGUAUCCUUAUCACAAAUCAUAGCGAGCUGCAAUAUUAUCUGUCGCUUUUAAAUCAGCAAUUACCCAUUGAAUCGCAAUUAAUCAGUAAGAUGUCCGAUAUGUUGAAUGCAGAAGUAGUGCUAGGAACGAUCCAGAAUAUCAGAGAUGCGGUUACCUGGCUUGGCUAUACUUAUCUUUACAUUAGAAUGCUUCGUUGUCCCAAUCUAUACGGGAUAAGUCAUGACAAAUUGAAACAAGAUCCUUUAUUAGAGCUCCAUAGAGCUGAUCUAAUUCAUUCAGCUGCAGUCGGAUUGGAUCGUAGUGGCUUAAUUAAGUACGAUCGCAAAUCUGGCAAUUUUCAGGCGACCGAAUUGGGUAGAAUAGCAUCUCAUUAUUAUUGCACUCACGAAACGAUGUCUACGUAUAAUCAGUUGCUGAAGCGCACGUUGAGCGAGAUAGAAUUGUUCCGGGUGUUUUCACUGUCGAGUGAGUUCAAAAAUAUAAAUGUCAGGGAAGAAGAAAAACUAGAGCUGCAAAAGCUGAUGGAAAGAGUGCCAAUACCGGUGAAAGAGAGCAUCGAGGAACCAAGCGCGAAAGUCAAUGUGCUAUUGCAAGCAUACAUCUCGCAAUUGAAACUUGAAGGAUUCGCUCUUAUGUCUGAUAUGGUAUUUGUGACGCAAUCUGCCUCACGUCUCAUGAGAGCUAUCUUUGAGAUAGUUCUGUUCCGUGGGUGGGCACAAUUAGCAGACAAAUGCCUAUCUAUCUGUAAGAUGAUCGAUCGCAGGAUGUGGCAAUCAAUGUCGCCACUCAGACAAUUCCGUAAGAUGCCGGAAGAGAUUGUGAAGAAGAUCGAGAAGAAAAACUUUCCAUGGGAGAGACUGUACGAUCUGGGGCCCAAUGAAAUUGGCGAAUUGAUCCGCGUGCCGAAAUUAGGCAAAACCAUUCACAAAUACGUCCAUCAAUUUCCAAAGCUAGGCUUGUCCACGCAUAUCCAGCCGAUUACGCGUUCCACUCUAAGAGUUGUGCUGACUAUCACACCGGAUUUCCAAUGGGAUGAGAAAGUUCAUGGUAUGUCGGAAGCGUUUUGGAUCUUAGUCGAAGACGUAGAUUCGGAGGUAAUUUUGCAUCACGAAUAUUUCUUAUUGAAGGCCAAAUACGCAGCUGAUGAACAUGUAAUUAAAUUCUUUGUGCCAGUCUUUGAGCCUUUGCCGCCACAAUACUUUUUACGCGUUGUAUCCGAUCGGUGGAUUGGGGCGGAGACACAAUUGCCUGUAAGCUUUCGACAUCUGAUAUUGCCUGAAAAGAAUCUUCCGCCUACGGAAUUACUGGAUUUGCAGGCGCUGCCGAUAACAGCGUUGCGAAAUGCUAAAUUUGAAAAUAUCUAUUCUGCUUUUCCACAGUUCAAUCCAAUUCAGACGCAAGUGUUUAAUGCGAUUUAUAAUUCCGACGAUAAUGUAUUUGUUGGAGCACCCACAGGUUCAGGAAAAACAACCAUUGCGGAAUUUGCAGUGCUAAGGUUAUUGACGCAGAAUCCGGAAGGACGUUGUGUAUAUAUGGUUAGCAAAGAGGCUUUAGCUGAAUUAGUCUAUGCUGAUUGGGCAGCAAAAUUUGGUCAACAGUUGGGAAGAAAGGUUGUCCUACUGAGCGGCGAAACAGGAACGGAUUUGAAGCUACUUGCUAAAGGACAGAUCAUUAUCACCACGGCGGAUAAAUGGGACGUUUUAUCACGUAGAUGGAAACAACGGAAAAAUGUCCAAAACAUCCAGCUGUUUAUCGUGGAUGAAUUGCAGUUGAUUGGUGGUGAAGAAGGCCCUGUGCUAGAAGUUGCAUGUUCGCGAGCACGUUACAUCUCUUCGCAGCUUGACAAACCUACUAGAAUAAUAGCAUUAUCGGCUUCAUUGGCUGAUGCCAAAGACGCCGCACAGUGGUUGGGUGCACCGGCAGCUGCAACCUUUAAUUUUCACCCUACUGUGCGACCGGUACCUUUGGAGUUGCACGUGCAAGGUAUAAAUGUCACCCAUAACGCAUCAAGAUUAGCUGCCAUGGCAAAACCAGUAUAUAACGCAAUUCUUCGACACGCUGCACAUAAACCGGUGAUCGUAUUUGUACCAACUCGUCGACAAGCGAGAUUAACAGCCAUCGACUUGCUGACAUUCACGGCGGCUGAAGGUCAACCCUCGAGAUUCUUUCACGCGGAAGAGGCUGACAUUAAACCAUUUCUCGAUCGAAUGAGUGACAAAACGCUGAAGGAAACUUUGUCGCAAGGUGUAGCUUAUCUUCACGAGGGUUUAUCGACCGACGAUCGUCGUUUAGUUGAGCAAUUAUUUGACAGUGGAGCCAUCCAAGUUGCGGUUGCCACGAGGGAUCUCUGUUGGGGUUUAUCUAUCAGCUCCCACCUUGUCGUAGUCAUGGAUACACAGUGCUAUAAUGGCAAGACACAUGCCUACGAGGAUUAUCCGAUCACAGACGUUCUGCAGAUGGUAGCGCGAGCUAAUCGUCCGUUAGAAGAUGAGGAUGCCAAAUGCGUACUAUUGUGUCAAAGCUCAAAAAAAGAUUUUUUUAAGAAGUUUUUGAAUGAACCAUUACCAGUAGAGAGUCACUUGGAUCGCCGGUUGCAUGAUCACUUCAACGCGGAGAUUGUGACGAAGACGAUCGAGAACAAACAAGACGCGGUCGAUUACCUCACGUGGACUUUUCUGUAUCGACGACUCACUCAAAAUCCUAAUUACUAUGGCCUGCAAGGUGUCACACAUCGGCACCUCUCAGAUCAUCUAUCCGAGUUGGUCGAGAGCACGUUAACUGAUUUAGAACAAGCUAAAUGUGUCGCCGUGGAAGACGAAAUGGAUACCUUGCCUCUUAACCUCGGAAUGAUUGCUGCCUAUUACUAUAUCAAUUACGCUACUAUUGAAUUAUUCAGUCUGUCUCUUAAUAACAAGACGAAGAUCAGAGGUUUGCUAGAAAUUAUUUCAGCGGCUGCUGAGUAUGAGAGCGUGCCAGUGCGACAAAGAGAAGAAAAUUUACUAAGAAGUUUGGCUGCACGUUUACCUCAUGCUCCACAGGCUGCUAGAAUGGCCGAUCCUCAUGUGAAGGCGCAACUUCUUCUGCAAGCUCAUUUAUCGAGGAUACAGUUAGGCCCAGAAUUACAAAAGGAUACUGAAUUGGUAUUGAGCAAGGCCGUAAGACUGAUACAAGCUUGCGUCGAUGUCUUAAGUUCCUCUGGAUGGUUAGCACCUGCCGUUGCCGCUAUGGAACUUGCGCAGAUGGUGACGCAAGCGAUGUGGUCCAAAGAUUCUUAUUUGAAACAACUGCCGCAUUUUACAGCAGAGACCAUCAAGCGCUGCACCGACAAGGGCGUGGAAACUGUAUUUGACGUCAUGGAACUUGAAGAUGACGAUCGAAAUCGGCUAUUACAGUUAACGGAUGCGCAGAUGGCAGACGUGGCCAAAUUCUGCAACCGAUAUCCUAAUAUUGAGAUGUCGUAUGAAGUACAGGAGAAAGACAAAUUGCACAGUGGCGGCACAGUAAAUGUGAUCGUACAACUGGAACGGGAAGACGAAGUAAUUGGGCCGGUAGUCGCGCCGUUUUUCCCGCAAAAACGUGAGGAAGGUUGGUGGGUAGUGAUUGGCGACCCGAAGAGCAACUCCUUGCUCUCUAUCAAACGUCUGACGUUACAACAGAAGGCAAAAAUCAAGUUGGAUUUUGUCGCUCCUGCACCCGGUCAGCAUUCCUACACUUUGUACUUUAUGAGUGAUGCUUAUCUUGGUUGCGAUCAAGAAUACAAGUUCAUCAUCAACGUCGGAGAAUACGAAUCAGAUGCUAGUUCCGGUUCAGAUUCUGAUUGAAAUCAUUAAUAACUAAUAAAUAAACUUAAUAUGCUAUAUAGUAUAUACUAUUUUUUUGUACCAUAUGUAGGUAUGUCAAAAGUAUUACGAUAUCAUUCAUACAAUAUUUUUUUUAUUUAUUAACAGUAUCAGAGUAAUCUGUACUAGUAGAAAUUAUAAUUUCCUUUAUUGUACAAAUUCAAUUUCAAAUAUUUUAAUUGUCUUUCAAUUGUUCUUAUUCUAACAGCACAUAUGUGAAAUAAAAAAAUUGUACGCCUUAUUUUUUCUUAUUUUUUGUGGUCCAAUGGAUCAAUGAAAAGAGGAAUGGCAAGGAAAAGGAGAGGGAGGAAGAGAGAAUUAUACAACGUUAUAAUAAAGAUAUAACUUAUUGUUAUUAAUAAUCUCUUUGAUACGGUUACAAGUUCUCUUUAUUUUCGCAAAUUCGUUUUUACAACGACCGACCGCGCAUACCGCGCCCUUUUCCUUCUUUUGCAUAUGUCGCAUAGUGGGAUGAAUUCCGAAUGUAGGUAGACAAAACCCUUGAAAAAAAAAUUGUCAAAGAAGUUACAAAACCGCAUAUAUACACAUCUCAUACUUCUAUUGAAAAGAUCUGCACAGCGUAUGACAGUCGAAGCACAUAUUAUAUCAAAAUUUGAACUGACGCGAUUCCUUGUGCAGCUGUUUGUAAAUUAAAUUCUAGCGCCUAAAUAAAACAGCAUCUAAAUAAAGCAAAUCCCGUAGUUGUCGUAUUGGUAUA